CGGGGCCCGCGUGCAGGGCGCAGGCUGAGCCCGGCAGGGAAGAUGGAGCUGGCCACGCGCCCCCAGAUCCCCCAAGAGAUGGCUGCCAUCUUCAACGCCCCCAGUGACGAGGAGGAGUUUGUGGGUUUCCAGGACGAUGCUCCCAUGGAAAACCUGUCUGAGAGCUGCGAUAGUCUGGAUUCUCUGCAGCUGGAGAAACAGCAGAAUGUGCAUUUCCGUUCCAAAUACUUCACAAAAGAGCUCAGGAGGAUUUUCAUUGAGGAUACGGAUUCAGAAGCAGAAGACUUCGAAGGAUUUACAGAGAGCGAGCUGAAGCUCAGCAGUAACUCAGAGUGUGUGGAGUUGGAGCUGAGUGACAGUGACAGAGCUUACCCUGUGCUGAGUGACGAGGAGGAAGAUGAUGAAGAGGAGGCAGUACCCAGAAGAGGCAGGCCCACGAGAAGCAGUUUUGGUCUUCGAGUAGCCUUUCAGUUCCCCACCAAAAAAAUGGCAAAAACACCAGAUAGAAAUAGCUCCCACGUGCUGGACAGGAAGCCUGAUCUUGGAAGAGAGAAAGGCUUCAGACAGGCCAAGGAAAAGGAAGACUCGGCCUCUGAGUCCGAGGAUGACUCCAAGGCCGAGAGCCGGGAGCAUUCGGAUGCUCUGUUGAAGAGGGCCAUGAAUAUCAAAGAGAACAAGGCCAUGCUGGCGCAGUUGUUGGCGGAAUUGAACUCGGUGCCGGACUUCUUCCCUGUGCAGACCCCGCCGUCAGCGUCUAGGAGGAGACCGGCACGGCGGGCCUUCUCCGACGGCCAGAUCACGCGGCGCGUGAACCCAGCCCGGAGCGCACGCCCCCCGGAGAAGUUUGCCCUGGAGAACUUCACCUUGUCGGCCAGCAGGCUCUCAGAAGAGCUCUGCAGUUUCCGGAGGAGGAGGACGAUUAGUGGGGGGAAAUGCCAGAAGUACAGCCGACGCCCCCGAGUCUCGUCUUUCCGCUCAGUGAAGAGCGUCACCGAGGAAGACUUGGGAAACAUCGCCGUAACCGUGCGCGAUAAAGUGUACGAUAAGGUGCUGGGAAACACGUGCCAUCAGUGCCGGCAGAAGACCAUCGACACGAAGACGGUGUGCCGGAACCAGAGCUGCGGCGGGGUUCGCGGACAAUUCUGCGGGCCAUGCCUGCGCAACCGCUAUGGCGAGGAUGUGCGGACCGCGCUGCUGGACCCGGAGUGGACCUGCCCUCCAUGCCGUGGGAUCUGCAAUUGCAGCUACUGCCGGAAGCGAGAUGGCCGCUGCGCCACCGGCAUCCUCAUCCACCUGGCCAAGUUCUACGGCUACGGCAACGUGAAGGAGUACCUGGAGAGCCUACAGAAGCAGCUGUAGACCACAGUGAGGACCAGGACCGCUCACACUUACCGGCCGGAUCCCGCAGGACGUGUCUGCCAUUUGUGCCGAGCCUUUGGGCCCAACUUCACAGACCCUCGUUUUCUAGAAUUUUCUGCUUUUAAUACUAUUUUUUUAAAGAAAAUGUUUAUAUGCGUGAAAAGAUUUCUCAGGAAAAGGGUGAAGCAGAGAAGUCUGUGUCCACACCCGAUAGGCCUGUAUUGUUACAGGCACCUGCUGAAGAAGUCAGAGCACAGUGAACGGGCAGAGUGCAGGCUCAGGGAAGCUAUGCCUUGUCCAGCAGCUGAGGCCGGUCAGACCCCCCCCCCCCCGAGUGACACAGCCCACGCCUGAUAGUUUAUUCUGCUCCCAUCCUGAAUUCUUGGCCCUUAGAAGUUUAUACUGAAGAAUGUUCCUGUAAAUUACCAAGUGCAAUUAGCCACACGCUGGGAGGAAGGGUCCUCUAUGGCAAAGGCUGCUGGAGGCCUCUGUCUGCCUGCCUCCUUCAGGACCUGCCUGGAGCCUGCUGCUUCUGUGUUUUUACAUUUUUAGAGAUGUUCCUCUCUAUGGACCCCCACUGCGCUGUCUUGGAAACGUAAGAGAUAAGCCACAGCGUUGUAUGUGGGUGUCGGGAUAGGCGUUUAAUGUCUGGUUGGUUCUGGUUGUUUGGUGUCUCCAGAGACAAAUUCUCUAAGGAAAGCAUGUCCGUCCCUGUUACUAAGCGCUCACUGCCAGGCUGCCGCGGGCGCUGUAAGUCACGGGGCUCAGGCUUCCAGCAGCAGAGCCACGCCUGCCAGCACCCACUUCGCCGCCCUCUCCUUGCUCCUCAGCCGGAAAGUCCACACGUAGGUGACGCCUCUCGCCCUGGUUUUGUAAACGGGGCACUCGUAGGUCUGCUUCGUGUCCUCUCUCUCCGAGGGUACGGCUUUGGCAAAGAUGACUGGCAUCGUGGACGUGAGCUCCUUAAGGCGGGCGUCGGCGAGGGCUCCGGCCUGGGUGUCCCAUCUGGCGCCUGUGGCGGAAACAGCAGCUGUGUCACCAGGCUUGUCGGGACCAGUGCGCUAGUCGGUUCAUGCAAUAAAUGUUCCACUCACCACACCG